GCCGUGUGCUCCUUUCGUGCCGCUUCCUUCGGCGUGCCUCGCCAGCUCGCGCAGGCAACGAGAGGGACAGGCCAGCCGCAGUGCAGUGCAGACGGCCGUAGAAGGGGCAGCGGCGUACGGCCGACAGCAGAGGCGGCACAGCCAGGUGCAGCGGGGGCGUGCGCGGACAUACGCCUGGGCAGCGUGCUUGAUGCGCUGGCGAGAGACGCCUUCUUAAGCUGCCUUCGCUGCGCUUUCCCUUGCCCGCCUCUUCACCCUCACCACCACCACCUCACACAGCCAGCAUGACCUUCACGCCUCCCUCGACCAUGCGCGCCCUGCGCACGCAGCACACCAAGCACAAGUCCGUCGCCGUCGAGACGGUGCCGCUGCAUCUCUCUGACGACGACGAGUCCGCCACGCAGCUCACGCCCGACGAGGUCCUCGUGCGCGUGCGUGCCGUCGGCAUCAACCCCACCGACGCCAAGCAUGCGCUGGGCACGGGCGCCGAGGACUGGGGCAGCGCGGGCCUCGUGUGUGGCUGCGACGGCGCCGGCGACGUAGUCAUGGUCGGCGCCGAGGUGAAGGAUGUCAACGUCGGCGAUCGCGUCGCGGGCUUCGCAUAUGGUACCCACCACCCCACCAACGGCUCGUACGCCGAGUACGUGCGCUACCGCGCCUCGGCGACGCUCGCGCUGCCGGCGGCCAUGUCGUACGCACAGGGCGCCGCGCUGCCCAUCCCGCACAUGACGGCCGUGCAGGCGCUCUACAUGCGCAUGCAUCUGCCGCCGCCCAGCCAGGGCGGCGCCGCGGGGCGCAUGCUGAUCUGGGGCGGCGGCACGGCGGUGGGGCACCAUGCAAUUCAGCUGGCGAAGCUCUCGGGCCUCGACGUCGUCGCCGUCGCGUCGAAGAGUAACCACGAGGCACUCAAGAGCCUGGGCGCGAGCCACUGCGUCGACUACCAUGACAGCGACGUCGUCAAGCAGAUCCAGGCCGUCGGCAAGAUCGAGUACGGCCUCGACUGCGUCGUGGAGAAGGGCAGCACAAAGAACAUGAUCGACGCAAUGCAGGGCGGCCACAUUGUCCUGCUCCUGCCGCCGUCGGACGAGGACACGGCCGCGCAGGAGGCCAACGGCGGCAAGCUCGAGAUGACGCUGGCCUACACCGUCAUCGGGCGCGCCAUUACCUUCGCAAAGGUCAUGCCCUUUCCCGCCAUGCCGGAGGACCGCAAGGCCAUCGCGCAGUGGUCUGCCAAGGAGUUUCCGGCGCUCUUCGAGGGCUGGAAGCAGGAGGCAAACCGCAGCGAGCGCUUCGUCGGCGCCACGCUGCGCGAGAUGCCCGGCGGGCUGGAGGGCAUCGAGAAGGGCUUCAGAGACUCGUUGGAGGGCAAGGUGCGCGCCGAGAAGCUCGUGUACACGCUCUGAGCAGAGUCAAGACGCCCGGGCUCGACGUGGCACGCAGAUAAUCACAUCGCUUGACUCCUUCCGAGAGCGUUGCAUCUGCGCUGCUGCACGGCCUGCUGUUGUGGCGCACCCCGUGGCGCAAGAGUGUACCCGACAAGCUUGGAGCGGAGCUGCCGCCACCUGCUGCA